AUGGAUCCAAAAGAAAAGAGAGAAGAAAAGGGUGAGGAUCAUCACCUUGAAUCAGAGGAAGGUUCAUCUGGAGAAGGAAAAUCGAGUGAACCCAGGAAAGAAGAAUCUUCAAACUCGUUUGUGAGUGCUGAAGAAGAUCCAGAAGAGAACCCAUCAGAAGAAUCUCGUCGAAAUCCGAGGGAGAUUCUCCGCAAUAGCAAGGAAGAUAAAGUGGGCGAAGAGAUCCAAGAACUCGAAAGUCCAGAAGAAAAGACGCAAGAAGCGGAGAUACCCGAAGAACCACAGCAAGAAACAACCAAGAUUGAAGAUAAAGAUCUACAAACUCCACUGCCUCCAGAACAAGCUGAUUCGGGUAAGCUCGAUGAUCUUUUUGUCUACCCUACUGACGAACUAGAUGUGAGCUCGGAUAGUGAACCUAGGCUGAUUAGAAAAGGAGCAAAAAGGAGAGUAGAUUUUGAUAAGGACGUGAGUGUUCAGCAUAAAGAAUCUAGGAAGGAUGUGGGUGACACAUCCAAACGGAUGGAUGAACUGCCCUCUGAACAGUUAAGGCAGGAAAAAUCCGAGGAUGAUGCUGAACUAGAAGUUGUUGCGGACUCAGCAACAGAGACGGAGGUGCUCAAACCAAAAGAAGAUGAUGGAGUUGAAGUGGAUUCUAGAGUUGAGCAGAAGAAGUCCAAGGCCAAGGUUGUUGAGAAAAAGGGAAAGGGACCUGAUACACGAGUUGUUGCUGAACAAAGAGCGAGGACCCGAUCUCAAGUAGCAACAAAAUCAGUGAAAACUGUCAAAAGCCCUGUCAAGAAAAUCCCAAGGAAGAUGAAAUCACAACCAAGUUUGGUGAUUUCUGAGCAAAAGACCCCUAAGAAAGCUGUGAAAAGGAAAGGUGAAGCUGCAAAACAUAUGCCCCCAGCAAAAUCCUCAAAAGUCUCUGAGGAAUACAGAAAAGAGAAGAUGAAGGGGAAGAAGAAAAUCCAGGAAGAAAAGGAACCACCCAGUUCACCUUCUGGAUCAGAAGAUGAGGAGCUACUGGCAAGCCUCUGCAUGUCUCAUCACUUUGUUGAUGAAAAGUCCGAACAAAGAUUCAAUGACAUGAAGAAUCUCAACACAAUUGUUGAAAGAAACGUAAAUGUCAGCAACUUCAAGGAGCAAGGGAUAUGGGACUUCUUAGAGAGUCUAGGAUUAGAAGAAACUGUUACGUAUGCUUGCCCCCACAGCAAAAUUCUGAUCAAGGAAUUCUAUGCUAACAUCUCGAAGAAGAUUGUGAGGACUGGAGAUCCGAUGUACCAUCGAGUGUACAUACGGGGAAAGAUCCUACACUUCUCUCCAGCAGUGAUCAACAAGUUCUUAGGAUUGAAGAACACAGUGGUGGCAACCAUGGACGAAUUGGAUAGAGAGGUUGAUCAGAAGGAACUGGAAAUAGUGCUCACGGAUAGCUAUGACGAGAAGAGGAAAGGAGAGAUAGCUCCAGUAGAACUGAAUUUCGAGUCUUCAGUUCUGUUCAAGAUCGCCAGAUCCAACUGGUUACCAACUCAGCGAUCGAGUCUGAUCCACAAGAGGUUGGCAAUACUCAUCUACUGCGUUAAAAAGGGAAUCAAGGUCAAUUAUGGAAGUAUGAUCUUUGAUCAUAUUCUGGAUAGAGCACUGAACUUCAGAGCAAGGUUCAGGUUACCUUAUCCAUGCUUGAUUCAAAGUAUACUCACUAAGCAGUGUCCUGAACUCAUUGAUCCAAAGGAGAACACUGAGAUAAUCCAAAAACCUCUGGUGGUGGAGUCAAGGAUCAAAAGGAAGAAGGGAAAAGAAAAGAAGGACUACAAGAAGAUACUGGAGACUCUCAAGGAUGCUGAGAAAGCACUGAUCAAGAUGGAACUCGGUCUAAGGAAGCAGGCAACACACUGCCAGAAGAUUCGUGCAUCAGUCCAUGAAUAUGUGGAAGCAACUCUGAGUAAUGUGCUCAUUAUUCAAUCAGGUAUUCCUCAACUGGAUAAAACUUGUUUGUUGAUUAUUUCAUUCAUGCCCACAGGGGGAGAAAUUGAGGAAGCAGAAGGAGAUCUAUACUCAGAAGAAGAAGAUUCGGAGGAAGAAGAAGAAGAAGAGUCUGAGAUGCCCAAACAAACUCCAAGGAAAGCAGAGACCUCGAAGAAGCCAGGAACAAUCAAGAAAGCUAAGAGGGUCAAGAGUUCAUCGGAGGACUCAUCUAUUCGAUUCUGA